AUGGCCUCUUUCAACUGCUUCAUUCUUGCUUUCUUCAUCUCUUUGGCAUUUUUAAGCAUGGAUGUCAGCAUAGCAGCUCGCAAUCUUCUGCAAUUGCCACCUUUACCUUCGGUGCCAAAUUUGCCAAAGCUUGCAAUGCCACCAAUCCCUGCUAUUCCAACUCUCCCACAGCCGUCAAUACCAACCUUGCCAACCACUCAACCUUCCCUGCCCAACCCCACUUUGCCUCCACUUCCGAGCUUGCCCACGAUGCCUGCUGCCCCAAAGGUCACCCUGCCUCCAAUGCCAAGCAUACCCUCAAUCCCCAGUAUCCCAACUACAAUUCCCUCAAUCCCAUUCCUUUCCCCACCACCAGCUGGAAACUAA